AUGGAACUUCACCAGCGUUCAACUAGCCAUAUCUCUGUCGCGCCCUCUGUCGAAAUGUCUGGGCGUGGUAAAGGUGGGAAGUCUCGUUCAAAGACUAAGAGAAGGUCAGCUAGAGCUGGGCUACAGUUCCCUGUUAGGAGAGUCCACAGGCUCCAGAGAAAAGGGAAUUAUGCCGAGCGUGUUGGGGCAGGCGCCCCCGUUUACCUUGCGGAUAUCCUAGAGUACCUCGCCGCUGAGGUGCUUGAGCUAGCUGGGAACGCUGCCCGCGACAAUAAAAAGACUCGCAUCAUACCCAGGCAUCUCCAACUCGCGAUUCGCAACGACGAGGAGCUAAAUAAGCUGCUUGGUGGGGUGACAAUUGCCCAGGGUGGCGUGUUGCCCAAUAUCCAGGCGGUCCUACUCCCGAAAAAAACUGAAAAGGCGGAGAAGUAG